AUGACGUACUUAUUAGGUAGUAAAGAUUGCUUGGAAAGUUUAAAGCAGGAUGUUUUAGAUAUGCAAAGCACCGUCCUGGAAGUCUUCGAUCGCCUACAUGAAAAAGUUCAUACACCAUCAUGGAAAUUUCCUGAUCGUAUGGCCUGCGAUAUUCCAAUUGAUGAAUUAUUGAAUAUUUAUCGUUUCUCUAAAGAAAAAGAACAUUCGCAGAUGUCUCAUAUUGUCCUUUUUGAGUUGGUAAUCGAUAGGAUGCUAUUAUUGAUGCAAAGUUUAGCCUCCUACUCCGAUCAAUUGAUCGAUGCUGAGGAUAAAAGUAACCCUAGUCGACGACAAAGUCGGGUUAAAGCUUCUGCAGCUUCUGUUGGCUUAGUAGUCAAGAAAUAUUGGAAUAAAGUGGUUCAUUUUGCCAGGACUUAUCAACAAACACAAACGGAGCUUAAGAAUAAAAGCCAAACCAUUGAACGCCUUGGUCAAGAGAUUGAUACAUUAAAGGAAGAGUGCCGUGCGCUACGUCAAUCAGCAGCUUUACCUUCAUUUUAUAAUGUUGAUUAUGAAUCUGAGGAAGAUGCUGAAAAUUCACGUCCUCGUCGACCAUCGAGUGCACCAGUCAGGAAUCCUCGAAUCACUCAUGGAAAAGUUAUGGAAUCAGCUCGUCCAGUCUCCUCAUUUCGUCCUCAUAAUGUAACCGAUUCGCAAACACAAACUAUCGAGACAGCAUUUCUACCCUGUGAAUCCUGCUUAAGGACACAAUGUUGCUUAUGCGAAGUGGGUAAUACACUUUUGGAAUUAUGCACAACCUACGAAUUGCAUUGUUCAUUGGUGAAAAUUCAACCAAUGAUGGAAAAAGUCCUUGAUAAUGGCACAACCCUAUCACCUUCGGAUAUUAGCCGAUGGGCUAAUGCAGAAAGAAAAGAUUUAAAAUUGCUUGGCCGUUUUAUACAAAAUUUGCAUGGCCAGAUUGGACCUUUAAGGGCAGAGUUGGGGACAGCUAACGAAAAAAUUCGAGAACAAGCUGAGAAAAUUCAACAUCUGGAAAACCUAAUUAAAGAUGGCGAGCUUGAAUUACAAAAAAAUAAAGCUACAUAUGAACGAAAAGUUGACGAUCUAGAGCAAUUAUGCCGAACAGCGGAAAAGGAAACUCAAAAUGUACAAACCCAAUUGAUUAGAACUAGGCAAAAGUUUCAAACAGAAUUGGACAGUAUUCGAUCAGAAUUAAAGAGAGAGCAAAUUAUUUGUAAAACAUUAGAGAUGACUAAUACCGAUUUAAGAGAUAAAGUCACGAACGAAAUGAAUAAAGCGUCAAAAAUCCGUACUGAAAAGGAAAAAGCUGAAGAUGAAAUUGCUAAAAUUAUGGAAGAAUAUGAGAAAGCUCAAGAAGAAUUAAAUGAUACUAGCUUAGCAUUAAACAAAGCUAAGGCGCACAACAGAACCUUGCUUAAGCAUGAUGAGGUUUUGAGGGGCAAGCACGAUGCUUUAGUUAAAAGAGUUGAUGAAUUAGAUGAAAAAUGUGAGUCAUUACGCGAUAUGUUGACAGAGGCAGAAGCAAGGCGCGAUGAAUUAGCGACCCAAUUAAGAGAUAGCGAAGAAGUUGCUGACCGAUUGCUUGGUGAAUUAGAAACAAAAAGGCGUUUAAUUAAAGAGGCUAUGAAAGAGAAGGAACGAUUAGAAAGAAAUAUUGAAGAGUUGUAUGAUAGCAUUAACAAGUUACAGGAGCAAGUCGAUGAAGGCAAACAACACGAAAAAUUAUUAUGUAUUCAACAACCAGUUGAUGAACGAGGAUUUCUUAAUUUACUGGAGAGUGGGGGUGUCAAUGAUCUAGAAGAGCAAGUUAAAGCCAAUAAUAUUCGUAUUAUGUUACUACAAGAACACAAUGAAGAGCUUCGACAGUCAUUAAAUAAAAUGAUGGAAUCCGAGAUUGAUACACCUCCACCAUCAGGAGAGUUAUCUCCUCAAGUAUCUCUAUGGAAGAAAUCGGGUCUUGCAAAGUUGCGAGCUGCAAAUAGGAAGAUCAUGACUCAGAUGGCUGUUAUUGAUGCCUUAAAUACGCGCAAAGCAAAUAAAGAAGAAAUACUGAGAACAUCGCCUCCACAGCGUUCUCCCUCGCCAGAUCGAGCCUCACCAAAAAUUGCAGUAACGCAGAGUCGUUUCCCAUUACCUCCAAAAGGUGGACUACUAGCCAGAUCUCAAAGUACUAUGUCAAGACGAGAUAAUAAUAACGUCAAUAAUCAUAAUGGUAAUGGAACUACCGUACGUUGGGCUAGCGGUAGAAUUAAUGGUCGAACCAAUUCCGAUCAAGAAUUCGUUGUUAGGAAAACCACAAAGCGAUUGACAACAUCUGAAGGUUAA